AUGGAUCCCAGGCUCUCCAGAUGCAGCUGGGUGCCGGUGACCGCGCUGGUUAUCUCUCUGCUUUUGUGCGCGUGUGUAGUGGACCUGGUGCUGGCUCAAAUUCGCUACUCCAUCCCCGAGGAGCUGGAGCACGGAGCCUUCGUGGGCAACAUUGCGGAGGACCUGGGCUUGGAUGUGGCCAAGUUGUCCGCGCGUCGCUUCCGAAUCGUGUCCGGAGCAAAAAAGCAAUAUUUGGAAGUGAAUUUAGAGAAUGGGAUUUUGUUUGUCAACGAGAAAAUAGACAGAGAGGAGCUUUGUGAGCGCAGCCCGAGUUGUUUUUUACAUCUACAAGUUGUCAUUGAAAACCCUUUAGAACUAUAUAGAGUGGAAGUAGAGAUUUUAGACGUGAACGACAACUCCCCGACUUUCCCUUGGAGCGAAUUUAAUAUAGACAUUACUGAGUCGGCUGCGCCCGGCUCCUGCUUCCCGUUAGAGAGCGCGCAAGACCUGGACGUGGGCACAAAUUCUUUGCGCUCCUACCAGCUGGGCGCAAACGAACACUUCAUUCUUAACAUCCAGACGCGCAACGACGGGAGCAAGUUCGCCGAGCUGGUGCUUGACAACCCGUUGGACCGGGAGCGGCAAAAAAAGCACGAGAUGGUUCUGACAGCUUUUGACGGGGGUUCACCCGAGCGCUCCGGAACCGCCGUCAUCACCAUCACGGUGCUCGACGCGAACGACAACGUCCCCGUGUUCGAUCGCUCCGUGUACCGGGCCAAACUGGUGGAGAACGCGCCGAGAGGGACGCUGGUGCUAAAAUUGAACGCCACCGAUUUGGACGAGGGCUCCAACGGGGAGGUGACCUAUGCCUUUAGCGGACACGCGCCUCUCAAAGUACGCGAGCUAUUCAGCGUGGACCCGUACACGGGUGAGAUCCGCGUCAAGGGCGUCGUGGACUACGAGAAAGCGAACGUGUACGAACUGUAUGUGCAAGCGAGAGACAGGGGUCCUUCGGCCGUGGCCGUGCACAGCAAGGUGCUGGUAGACAUCGUGGACGUGAACGACAAUACCCCCGAAGUAAUUCUCACGUCGGUGUCCACGCCGGUGCAGGAGGACGCGCCACCGGGCACUGUUAUAGCCGUCAUCAGCGUCAUGGACCGGGAUUCGGGUGAGAACGGGAACGUGGACUGUCAAAUACCCAGCAACGUCCCUUUUCAGCUGCACUCCUCUUUUAAAAACUAUUACACACUGGUGACAAGUGAGGUUUUGGACAGAGAGGCGGUGUCCGAGUAUAACAUCACCCUCACAGCUCGCGAUUUGGGUUCCCCGUCGCUCUCCACGAGAAAAACCAUCCUGGUACAAGUGUCUGACAUUAACGACAACCCCCCACGGUUUUCGCAGCCGUCAUACACUGUCUAUGUGACAGAGAAUAACGCUCCGGGCGCUUCCAUUUGCACCGUGACUGCCUUCGACCCCGAUUCCAACCAGAACGCCUAUCUGUCUUAUUCCAUUCUGGAAGGUCAAAUUCAGGGCAUGCCGGUGUCCACGUACGUGUCAAUUAACUCGGACAACGGCAACAUUUACGCACUGCGCUCCUUUGAUUAUGAACAACUUCGAAACUUUCAUAUUCUCGUGCAAGCUCAGGACGCAGGCUUCCCUCCGCUGGCCAACAACGUGACUGUCAAUGUUUUUGUUUUGGAUCAGAACGACAACGCGCCGAUCAUUGUGUCCCCGCUGCCAAAAAACGGCACCGUGGCCACGGAGGUGGUUCCCCGCUCUGUGGAUGCCGGAUAUCUGGUCACCAAAGUGACAGCGCUUGACGCGGACGCAGGGCAAAACUCGCGGCUGUCCUAUCAGGUGGUGCAGGCAACGGACCCCGGGCUGUUCAGCGUGGCGCUCUACACGGGGGAAAUCAGGAGCAUACGCCGACUGGUGGACAAAGACGCCUCCAGACACAGAUUAGUUAUACUGGUGAAAGACAACGGACAGCCCCCUCUCUCUGCCACCGUCUCCGUCGUCCUCACCGUGGUGGACACCGUCCCGGAGUCUUUGUCCGAUUACGGAGACCUCACGCUCAGUCCUCAGCCCCCCUCCAAUCUCGCCCUCUACUUGAUCGUCUCACUCAGCACCAUAUCACUCAUCUUCCUCGUGGCCAUUAUCGUGCUGGCCGCUGUCAAGUGCUACAAGGACCGAGAGACCCUUAGUGGCUACAAUUUGCCCCCAUUCGCGUGCUGCUGCUGCGGCGGCUUCCAGCCUGAGCCUGCCCCGGAGGUGUUCAAAAAAUCCAACCUCAACCUGCAAAUUUCCUCCACCGCUAACAAGGUGCCCACCAACUGCAUGGAGGCCAACGGAAGCAGCAGCCUGAAUCAACCUUAUUGUUAUAAAGUGUGCUUGACCCCAGAAUCGACCAAAAGUGACUUCAUGUUUUUGAAGCCGUGCAGUCCGAGCAGCACUCCGCGCAACAACGAAGCCAAAAGCGCGGAACACUCGUGGGGCGCGACUGUGAACAACGGAGCGACCACCCCCAACGAGCUCAAGCAGCCAAACACAGACUGGACCCUCACAAAGAAUCAAAAUUCUUCCAUCAAAAGUUACAACUCAAUCAACAUGGAUGGAACGCUGAUGCGUAAGGCCAUGCACGCGGAUCCGGAAAACUACGUGACGUCCAUGGCACCGGGACAGUAUUGGACCUGGGGCACUCACAUGAGAGGCACGAAGGGUACGACAAGCCAAAUUGAAUACUAUAAAAUGUCUCCAUCACCUAGUGGCAUGACCUCCAGGCCCUGGACCCCUCGGUGCACCCCUCCGCCCCAGCAGCAGCAACCCACCAACCAGCCACACCCUCACCCUCAUCCUCACCCGCCUCCUGACUACCAUCACAAUGUCUACAUCCCUGGGACGCCGUCCGGCUUUUGCACCCUGAGGCCCGUGGUGCAGCGCAGUGACUUAGACGUCCAUAACUCUUUCUCCACCUUCGGAAAGAAGCGACGUCUCCAGAUGUCCCCCCAAGGGGAGGCUGCCAUGAUCAAUAAUGAUCUGUACAAUGACUGA